UUUACAAGUCUUUUUUCCUCUUUCCAGGCACUUUGGUGUAAACAGAGUUUCAAGUCAAAAGGCUCCAGACUGCCAGAGCGAUGUUUGGAGACUUGGACUAUGACAUUGAGGAGGAUAAGCUUGGGAUCCCCACCGUUCCUGGAACAAUAACCUUGAAGAAGGACUCGCAGAAUCUGAUUGGGAUCAGUAUUGGGGGAGGAGCACAGUACUGUCCCUGUCUCUAUAUUGUUCAGGUGUUUGAUAACACUCCAGCAGCCCUAGAUGGAACUGUGGCGGCUGGCGAUGAAAUCACAGGAGUGAAUGGGAAGUCAGUCAAAGGGAAAACCAAAGUGGAGGUGGCCAAAAUGAUACAGGUGGUAAAGGGAGAAGUGACAAUUCACUACAACAAACUCCAAGCCGACCCAAAGCAGGGCAAGUCCUUGGAUAUUGUUUUGAAGAAAGUGAAGCACCGAUUAGUGGAGAACAUGAGCUCGGGGACAGCAGAUGCCUUGGGACUGAGCCGAGCCAUCCUCUGCAAUGAUGGAUUGGUGAAGAGGCUGGAGGAGCUGGAGAGGACUGCAGAGCUGUACAAAGGCAUGACAGAGCACACCAAGAGUCUCCUUAGAGCUUUCUUUGAACUGUCACAGACACACAGAGCAUUUGGAGAUGUUUUCUCAGUCAUUGGUGUACGAGAACCACAGCCAGCUGCAAGUGAAGCCUUUGUGAAAUUUGCAGAUGCCCAUCGCAGCAUUGAGAAAUUUGGGAUCCGCCUAUUGAAAACUAUCAAACCGAUGCUGACUGAUCUCAACACGUAUCUGAACAAAGCCAUUCCUGACACAAGACUAACCAUCAAAAAAUACUUGGAUGUCAAGUUUGAGUACUUGUCUUACUGCCUAAAAGUGAAGGAGAUGGAUGAUGAGGAAUACAGCUGCAUUGCACUGGGCGAGCCCCUUUACAGGGUCAGCACUGGGAACUACGAGUACCGCCUGGUCCUCCGUUGCCGCCAGGAAGCACGCACACGCUUUGCCAGGAUGAGGAAGGAUGUACUGGAGAAGAUUGAACUGCUGGACCAGAAGCAUGUGCAGGACAUAGUAUUCCAGCUCCAGCGCUUUGUCUCCACCAUGUCCAAGUACUAUGACGACUGCUACGCCGUACUCCGGGACGCAGACGUCUUUCCCAUCGAGGUGGAUCUAGCACGCACCACCCUGAGCUACGGGCAGAAGGAUGUCUUCUCAGAUGGGGCAGAGGAGGAGGAGGAAGUAGGAGAGCAGGAGGCCAGGAGGAAGGAGGAGGCAAAUGGCGAAAAGCUCAUUGAUGAUGCCUGAAUAUGAUGCCGCGGCGGGCGGGAAAGACGUUAGAGACUGAUAAAAUCUGUUUCACAUGGUGA